UAAAUAGGCGGUUUUGAUCACAAAACGUAUCGUAUAUUUCUGUUUUAACCGCUUUGGUAGAAGUUUAAUUCAACUCGUCGCUUUAUCAGUUUUUUGUUAGUUAGCUUGAAGCUAACAGCUAGCUGCGGAGCAGUUUUUCCGGUCACGUGAUCAAACGACCCCUGGUUUCCGUUGAGUGUUUUUCUUCCAGUCACCGGGACUUCAUGUUUAACCAUCUGUCCGCUGUUCUCGGUGUGUUGCCCCGCUGUUUCCUCCCUCCCUCUUCGAGGACCCUCGCCAGAGCCCACCACCUCCUCAGCAGGAUGGAGGCGGCCGUAGUGAGGUGUAUUCCCGGGGAGCCGAAGCUCACCAUCUCCUUCCGCCUGGACGGCAGCGACAAGAACAUGCUGCGGGACAAGGACGAGGCGCUGGGGAAAGUCCUGGCUCGGAUCUCCAAAGCUAUGAACAAAAAACACAAGAAGGCGAAGAAGUCCCAGAAGAACCGCGAUCAGGAGCCGAGCGAGGCUGCGGAGGCCGCCGUGGUGAAGCUGUUCUUCGGGGAGGACGAGGUUAGCGACACGCUGCGGAACUCGGAGGCUUGGCAGGACGGAGGGGUGCUGCAGGUGGGGGAGGUCCGGUACAAUGUUUACAGGAACCCCCCCACCUUCACCACAGCCGAGCUGCCGGGGACCCUGCUGGCCGGGUUCCCGGUCUGCCCCAAGCUGGAGGCGGAGUUCGGGAAGCUGCAGGACAGCGAGUUCACCUGGUUCCGAGAGAACCCUUCAAGACGCAGUCCAGAAGCAGCUGAAGACGUUCCAGGACAGGACUGUGGAUGGACGCAGGUUGGACGGGAGCGAGUCCAUGUCCCGUCCAAUCAGGACAUCGGCUGCAGGUUCAAACUGCGCUGCGUGCCCAAAGACGGAAGUCGCAGCGGCCCGACCAAAGAACUGAUCUCAGCGGGAGCAGUGGAGGCGGGACCGGGCGUGUGCACGUUCGACAACCGUCACGCGUACACGGUGAAGGUGCUCGAGUGGCCAUCGGUGAGGGUGGUGUCCUACAACAUCCUCGCAGACGUCUACGCUCAGACGGAGCUGUCCAAGACGGUGCUGUACCCGUACUGCGCCCCCUACGCCCUGCAGCUGGACUACAGGCAGCACCUGAUCAAGAAGGAGCUGGCCGGGUACAACGCCGACAUCAUCUGUCUGCAGGAGGUGGACAAAGGGGUUUUUGUGGACAGUCUGGUUCCGGCUCUGGAUGCUUUUGGACUGGACGGUGUUUUUAAGCUCAAAGAGAAGCAGCACGAAGGUCUGGCUACUUUCUACCGCAGGUCCAAGUUUCGGCUGCUCAGCAGUCAUGACAUCAUGCUGAGCGAGGCGUUGACCUCUGACCCCAUACACUCUGAGCUGCUGGAGAAGCUUUCUGCUGCCAGGAACCUGAAGAGCCGGGUUCUGCUUAGGUCCACAUCGCUGCAGGUCUCUGUGCUCGAGGACGUCAUGAAACCAGACAGGAAGGUGUGUGUGGCCAACACUCACCUGUACUGGCACCCGAAAGGGGGAAACGUUCGCCUGUUCCAGAUGGGCGUGGCCCUGCGGCACCUGAGUCACGUGAUCAACCAAGUCGCACCUGGAGCCCCGCUGGUGUUCUGUGGGGACUUCAACUCCACCCCAGAUUCAGGUGUGUUCCAGCUGCUCAGUGAGGCCCAGAUCCCUCAGCAGCAUGAGGACUGGAGCAGCUCGGGUCUGGAGGAGUCCUGCAGCAUGGAACUGGUCUCUGCCUUCCCCCCUCUGACAAGCGCCUGCGGGCAGCCGGCCUACACCAACUUCGUGGGAGGAUUUCACGGCUGCCUGGACUACAUCUUCAUGCAGCCAGAGAGCAUGCAGGUGGAGCAGGUGAUUCCUCUGCCCAGCCAUCAGGAGGUCACCACCUACGAGGCCCUGCCCAGCGUGGCUCACCCCUCCGACCACAUCGCCCUGCUCUGCGACCUCGCAUGGACUCCGUGACCUCUGACCUCACAGAUCUGUGCGUGAGAUUAAAUUGUCAGGCUGGAACUCGUUCCCGCUCACGUUUUGCUUCAGUAAACGGAACUGUUGUAAAAUACGGUCAUAACGUUUGUUUUCACUGAUAUUCAGUGUUGUUGCUCGUUUUAAAUGACGAGUUUUAGUUUUUAGGUCCAGAUUUGUUGCAACUCCUGUUUUAACAUCUUGGCUUCAGUCUCUGAGGGCGUAGGAAAGAAAAUUACAUUUCAAGCUUAAUAUAUAUUUUAUUAGAAUUAUUAAUAUCCCCACAGGUCC